AUGGGAAAUCCAUAUGGAAAAGUAUUGGAUUGGGAACUUUUGGAAGAAACUAUAAAAAAUAGUUUCGAAAACUAUUACGAGGAAUUGCAUAAGGAAGAAAUUGGGCCACCAACAUCAUCCAAAUCUGUGUAUUUACGUCCUCUGUUUGUUGGAGACACUUCAAUAAAGGCAAGAAGAACAGGUCAGAGCUAUGCCUCCUCAGGAAAAGAGAAGCAUAUCCAAGCUAGUAAUGAAUUGGCUUCAAGAAGAACCUUAAGUGAGUUCAGCUCAUCAACAAUUCCUCUCCAUCGUUCUCAAUUAUCAGAAUCCGAUUUGAUAUUCAGAGCAGAUGAAGAAGAACUUCUCCAAAAUCUCUCAAAGCCAACACAUCUACCUUCACAACAAGUCCAAUUUCCAUUUUACCAACCAGAAAUUGAUCCAUCAGUCUCUCAAUUACCGGUGUACUCUCCUCAAUUUUGUUCGUUCCCAUUCUACCAAAAAAUGAUGUAUCCUUAUAUUCCUUUUCAACAAUUUACAACUCCAACCCUAAAGAGAGCCACAGGUGAGUUGCAAAUAGGUCAAUUCAAGCUUGACAAAAGCACGCCACAACAUUGGUCCCCUGAGCACAUUAAACUAGUAUUGAAAUAUGGUGUUGGCUUGAAUGAGAAGCAAGUUGCGAACUUGGAAAUAAGUGGGCAUGAGUUGGAAAGUCUAGUGGUUCUAUUGAUGGCCUGUAAAGGAGAUGCUGGUUCUUCUUCGUCAUCAAAUAGGAAUCAUCAAUCCAGUAAUCAGAGUCCUCUUCUUAGACUCACCCGAUAUGAACAUAUGAAUGAUUUGGCAAGAAUGUUUUUUGAGCAACAUUCGGAAUUACUUCCAACAACAAGCCUCCGAUCAUCAAAUUCAACCCUCAACAAUAAUCCAUCACCCAUUUUUGCAUCAAAUAGUAAUAAUAGUAAUAGUAAUAAUAAUAGUAUUUUGAAUAAUGUUGCUCUAUCACCUAAUGUUACACCACCACGAAAAAUCACAUCACAAAAACAACAAAGGCUAAAUGCUGUUGAACAUACAUUAAAAACACCAUCAGAAUGGAAGGAAGGCUUGGGUGAUAUGCCGAUUAUUCUAGUUAAUAUGAUAGAGGAUAAUAAUUUGGUUAGACUUUCACCAGAAUCAAGAUUAGCCUUGUUGAUCAGUGGAGAUGGUGAUAGUCAGGAAUACUUAUCUGUAUUGCCCUCUCAUAAACCAAAGACUUUGAUUCAUCAAGAUAGAAAAUUGAAACCCUAUAUCAAGUGUAAAUUUAAUGAUAAAUUAAUGAAUGGAGAGAUAAUUACUAGAGGAUCUUCCAAGUUUAUUGAAAUUAAUAUUGAUACAUUAUAUUCAACCUUUUUCCCAGCUGAUAAUAUUGCUAAAUAUGAAAAUACUAAAAUUAUCGAACUCGAAAUUUUUACUGGAAAACAAACAAAGAGCUUUUCAUUCAAUUGCUGUAAAACUAAAUCAACUAGAAAUUUGAAACGAACAACAAUAAUUUAUGGAGCUUCAGAAGCAAGAAUCAAAAAUCAAACAUUACAAAACGAGGAAAAAGUAAGAAAAACAAUAGAUAGACUUUCUGAUCAAUCAUCAUCAUGCUCCUCCUCAAAUCAUACCAUUCCCAAACUAGUUGACGUCAAACCUAGCCACCUUCCAACAAUCCACAAAGAUCCUCCAACUAGUGAUCAUGUACAUAUUCCUCAACAUGUUGUUUCCAAUCCUCAACAAGUAUUGCAACAACAUUCAACACCAAGAAAAAUAACUAGAGAAACUCUAGAUCAUAAUGGAAGAGUUACAAAUGUUAUUACCGAGUACUACAAUAAUGACUCCCCAAAAAAAAAGAUGGAACCUCUUGUUCCUUUGAAAAAAGCUAAUACACCAACACCUAGAGAGGUCAUUUCGCUUGAUGAUGAAGUGACUGUUACACCAUCAAGAAAGAAACGUAAAUCCAAUAUUAAUACCAACAACUCUGUAAUUUUGAUUGAGGACGAAGAAAAACCACCUGUCAGAUCCAUUAAGCCAAAACAAGAGGAAACAGUUAUUGCUCCAAUAAUUGAACCAACAACACCAAAAAAGACAAUUUCAUUCUCUAGUGUUAUUAACCUAGAUGAUUAG